AAAGGACGAAGCAAUGCCGACGGUGGCUGAGAUGACGCGAUUGGUGCUGACGUGGCAUCCUGACCUUCUGGAAGCUACUGUUGCUGAUGACGAUGCUGCUGAUCACGAUGAGGCUGAUGUUGCUGAGGGAGGGGGUUCGGCCGGCCUUGCUCGUCUGCUAGUGGCCGCCCUGAAGCCUGCCCUAACUGCUUAUUGGGCGGAGGAACGUCGCCGAGCCGCGGCUUUUACGUCCGGAAGCACCACCGAGACUCGGCGACAGGUGCGGGAGGCAGUGGAGUCUCGUGUCAACGCCAUGCUGGGCCAGCUGGUGCUGUAUGCACACGGAGCAGCGGCUUUCAACUCGGACGAAGACGCAGCCACUGCAGCCCUCAUUUCUCGCCACGUUCUCCGAACCUCGGCUUCCGAGCCUGUCGAUCUGCUUCUGCACGCCGUGCUUCUGGACCAUGACGUCAUCACUGCCCAGGAUGACGCCAGCAGCAGCAGCAGCAGCAGCAACGAGAGUGGGACGCAGACUGGGGAAGCAGCGAGGGGCGGAGGAGCAGAAGUAGCAGCAGGGAUGGGGCGAGAAGAACAGGGUGGAGAAAAACAGAAGGAUAAGGGAGCAGCAGGAGUAUCAGGAGCAGCAUCAGUGCUCCGGUCAACCCCGAUUGUGUACACGCCAGCAAAGAGAGCAGCUUUAGCGAAGCUGCUCCCAGCAGGAGGACCCAGAGAGAGGACGCAGAGGAUGAUAGCGGCCCUGGAGGGCAGGGAGGUGGAGGCAGUGCUGCCGCCCAUGGAGGAAGUUGCCGAGAAGGAUCUCGGCAUCCGGCUCAAGCGGCCGGAUAAGAAGGCUGAGCGGGCGCUGCUCUUCUCCAUGAAGAAGAGCCUUCAGCUACAGCUCGAGGCAGAGGAGGAUGCUGUUGCAGCGCUUCCCCUCAUUGUGGCUCUUCUCUUCAUGCAGGCACACAACAAGGCCCUUCAGGCUCCUGGUCGUGCUCUUUCCGCUGUCAUCUCCCAUCUCAAGCCCUCACUCGCUCCCCAGGACUUCUCCUCUCUCUCCGCGUUGCACUCUGCUGUUGUCGCGGCUAUUGGCAAGCGCGCAGCAGGGGGCAGAGGGCAGGCGGGGGAGGGGGAAGGUGGAGAGGAGGGAGGGGAGGAGGGGGUGGAUAUGGAAGUACUGUUGAAGGGGCUCAAGGAGGUUGCUUUGGGGAAAUCCAAGGAGGUUAAGAGUGGUGGUGAUGAGUGA